AUGCGUUCUUUCUUCAACUUCCUCGCGGCGGUGCCAGCUAUCCUGGCUGCACCUAUCAUGAUCGAGAGACAGGGUUCUGACAAAAUUGCCAACUCUUGGAUCGUCCGAUUGAACAACGAUGCGGUCCUCGCGCAGGCGCUUGGCCCAAUCACGGCGGCACUCGGUGUCCAGCCAACCCAUACAUACGACUUCGGCAACUUCAAGGGUCUGAGCGUCGACGGUGUCGCUGAUGCCCUGAGCCUGUUGACGAACGUUGCUUCCAUUGCGUCGAUCGAGCCAAAUACGGUCGUCACCACAUCCGCGUUGACCAGCCAGGCCAACCCACCAUAUGGUCUCGCUCGCAUUUCCCACCGUCAGAAGGGCGCAACGAACUACAUCUACGAUAGUUCCGCUGGAAGCGGAACCUACGCUUACAUCAUUGACACUGGAAUUCGCACCACGCACGAGGAUUUCGGCGGUCGAGCUUCUUUGGGCAAGACCUUCUACCCUGGACAAACCUCGGAUGGCAAUGGACACGGUACUCAUGUGGCGGGCACGGUUGGAAGCACCACAUACGGUGUGGCCAAGAAGACCAACCUCAUUGCCGUGAAGGUUCUCUCCGACGAAGGCAGUGGUACCAACUCUGAUGUGCUUGCCGGAAUUGAUUUCGCAGUCAAUGAUGCCAAGUCCAAGGGGCGCAUUGGCAAGGCUGUCGCAAACUUGUCUCUCGGUGGAAUCCUCUCGCCAACAACUAACGCUGCCGCAAAAGAGGCCGUCGCUCAGGGCCUCUUCCUUGCCGUCGCCGCUGGAAACUCUGGUGCUCCAACCAUCACCUCCUCGCCCGCUUCUGAGCCGGAUGUCUGCACUGUCGGUGCCUCUGACGCCAACGAUGAGCGUGCCUCAUUCUCUAACUUUGGCCUCUUGGUGGACAUUUUCGCGCCCGGCGUUAAUGUUCUGUCGACCUGGAAGGACAGUGAUACCUCUACCAACACCAUUUCGGGCACCUCAAUGGCCUCUCCUCACAUUUGUGGUCUUGCCGCAUACUACCUUGCUCUUCCGGGCAGUGGUGCUCCCGGUGAGCCCAAGGCGCUCUGCAAGUUCCUCCAGGAUAAGUCUACCAAGAAUGCUCUUGGAAAGAGCUCUCUGGGUCUUACAGUGUUGAGCCGGAACUACCUCGCGUACAACGGCAACGGCGCUUAA